UCUCGCCUUGUUGUGACGUCAGCAAACCCACUUUCAUAUUCAAGCGCAAUACUCGUACUCGUAAUUCGUAAUUCAUUAUCAGCAGCUAAAUACAAUACAACAGCACCGAGUCACAUUCGGCACAUGUGAAAUUCUUAGUAUCAAAUUUUCAGUCAGAGUGUUCAAAUCGUAAGCAGUAAAAUAUUCGCAAUUUCGCAUUGAAUUAAAAGCAACGUGGAUCAAUCUCAUGUUAAAACAAGAACAACAACAACAACAACGUCAGCAACAAAGGAAAUUACAUACAGCAAGUGUACAACGUCAAUUGCAAAGUCGUUUGCAAGUCAAUAUCAAUAUUUUUUUCGUGGAAUAUUCGAAUCAGCUGUGCAAAUGUGCAUUUGUUGACUUCGUUUAAUAUUGACAUCGAAUAGAAGCGCUUCGAAUCUGUAAAGUAAAAAUUAAUAAAUUAACAAAAGGCAAAAGUCAAUGCAGUAAACGCAGCAGCCAAAGCUAAAUAUCGAAAAUCUCAUGCUUCAGCAGCAAUAAAAAAGUUCUAUAUUAAUUUUAUUGUGAUUUUAAUGCUCGAAUCUCAUAAAGUGUUUAUCUUAUAAAGUGUUAUUAAGUGUUUCUUGUAAUUGUUUUGUUUUUACGUGUGGCAAUACAAUACCACACCACUCGCUAAUUACAAAAGUAUACAAAGUGUAUCUUUAAAGAAAAUUUAUAAAAGUAUCAAUGGCAUCACCGGCCUGUGAACAUCGUUAUAAAGACUUCAUUUUCAUAAGUUGUUAGAUUUUCUCUUGUAACCGUCAAUAAAAGCAACAAAACUCUCAAUAUAUAUUGAGAGAACAGUUUAAAAUCGAAUAUAUAUGAAACGUGCUUAAACUUUUGCGAUAGACGCAUUUUCUCUUUUAAAAAUAUAUUAAAUUUGUUCUACAUAAAGUAUCUCAGAUAAGUGAUCUAGAUGCAAAAUAGCAACAAAUUUCUUAGUGUAAAUUAAUAUUUGUGCGUGAAAAUCGUGUAUCGAGCCCACUGUGUGUUUUAUACAAACACAUAAGCGAUAUAAAAUACAGUGCAAACUAUAGCAUAUUUUUCGGCAGCAAACAUUAUAGACGCGCCUGUGAGCACACUACAUAUACACAUAAAAACAGCUAACGGCAGCAGUUAACCCGUUAACUCAUUCACCUCAACACAAUUCGCACUCGCGCCAGAUAUCAAUUGCUUAUCAACUGCAGCCCAUAGUGUGAUUUGGGUUUCGCUAUUACAUUAAUUAACUCAUAUUUUAGUGCUAUGCACCAUUCGCGCUCGGUGUCGCAAAUAAAACAACAACAACACCGCAUUUGGCAGCGCGAAUAUCGCGCCUUCAUUCGUAUGUGUGCAUACUAUUGUCAUCGUUCGGUAGUAGGCAACACCAGCAGCGGCGGCGGUACGUACACGCCCACCCAUACACCCAGCAUUCACACGCAUACGCAGCAUUUUAUGUUGAACAUUCAAAAGCAUUUGCUAAAGCGUAAGAGUAUUUUGCGUAUGAACAUUUGUUGGCGCAAUUUAGCGGUAAUUAUUCACAAGGUGAAUACGAUAAACAAGUUUAAGUUUGAUAAGUUUAGUAAGGAGAAGAACUUUCAUAUGUUUGACGGUGUAAUGGGUAUGCGUGUGACGUCAUCAAUGAUGCGACAUUGCGUCAUGAUGCUCGUCUGAAGGGAAACUGCAUCUAAGGCUCUAUUUAGAGACCGUUUAGAGGUUCCCCUACAAUUUCUUUAUUUGUUUACAACAGUGAGUUAAAACCCUGUUCAAAAUGGCAUCAUUCACCGUCGCCCAGUCUAGCCAAACACGGCCCACAAGCGUAUCAAACAACAACAACAACCACAGCAACAGCAA